CGUAUCCGCGAUCAUGAAUAUCCAACAUGAUUGUCAAAGUCAUUACAAUUUAAAAAAUUGUGAUCUGAUAUUGUUGUCAUUAUUUACGAAAUAAUACAACCGGAUUAAUAUUAUAUAUUACAAAUUUAUUGUUUUUCUUAUUUUCCAAUGGGUUCUUCCCAUAGUACUGAUGUGCCGGGGGGUGGCUCAGAAGGAUACCAUAUUUUACGGGUACAAGACGGUUCUCCAGGACAUCAGGCAAGACUAGAAGCAUUUUUCGAUUUUAUUGUCGCCAUAGAUAACACGAGAUUGGACCAAGACAAUGAUACUCUGAAAGAGUUGUUAAAAAAGAAUGUCGGUAAUCCCAUAAAAAUGCUUAUAUAUAGCAGUAAAACUCAGUCUGUUCGAGAAUUGAUGAUUACUCCAAGUGCAGACUGGGGUGGUCAAGGAUUGCUUGGUGUCAGCAUACGAUUUUGUUCUUUUGAGGGGGCCAAUGAGAAUGUGUGGCAUGUAUUGGAAGUGCAUCCUUCAUCUCCAGCUGAGAUGGCAGGUCUCCGUCCAUUUUCUGAUUAUAUUAUUGGAGCUGAUUCCAUUAUGCAUGAGAGUGAAGAUUUCUUCACUCUUAUAGAAGCACAUGAGGGUAGAGCUCUCAAAUUGUAUGUUUAUAAUGUCAACGAUGAUGCAUGCAAAGAGGUCCAGAUAACACCUAAUCAUAAUUGGGGAGGAGAAGGUAGUUUAGGUUGUGGUAUUGGCUAUGGUUAUCUACAUAGAAUACCUAUCAGACAUGUAUCUCCGGCAGAAAUACAGAAUAUGACUGUGAUGACCCCAUCAUCACCAAACCAAAACAUACAGCAUAAUGUGAUAUCUGCUGUUCAAAACUUAAAUAUAAAUGAGGAAAAGAUUCCUUUGGUGGACACUUCUCAAGUGUCAAAUAUACAAAUUGAACAGAACACUAAUGUUCCUCCAACAUUUUUGUCUGGUGUUCCAAUGGUGACUCCAGCUUCCUAUAAUACAGGGGUUCCACAACAAUUUACACAAGAGCAAGUUAUCACUCAACCAGUACCUCUGCAACAACAAAUUCCUCAACCACAAUCAGUUGCAGCUCAUAUUUCUACCUAUUCUAGUAAUUUGGCGGAUGCUACAUUGACUAACUUAGGAAGUAUACCAUCUGUAUCGAAUAUGCAACCACCAGCUCCACUACCAAGUUUGCCAGGCAUUCCAAUGAAUCAACCUCAGCCUUAUAUACCAAUGAUGCCUAAUUAUAAUCAGUCACCCAUCGGAAUCCCACAGUCAACUGCUUAUGCUCAAAAUGUACCAAAUUUAGUUCCAACAUUCAAUAUGAGUAAUUUUCCACCUCCGAUACAACCACCACCAAUAUCUAGCGGGAUUCCUGUGGUGACUCCCGUGUCUUUACCAGGCAUGCCGCCAUUAACAGUUAGCGCUACACUGCCUGUAUCUACUAUGAAAGAAAUACACCAGCAACAUUCACUACAACAACAUGAUUUAUUAUCGUGAAAUAAUAAAUACUCUAUAUCAUUGGCCUUUUCAUAAAACUAAAACAGAUACUAAUUGCUAUUUAAUUUUAUAUCUUUAUUUUCUGACAAUGUACAUCUUAUAAAAACUACAAUUACUGUAUUUUAUGUGCAAUAUGUUAUAAUUCUAUCAACUGACUUGAAAUCAGUUAAUUUAGUGGA